GCGUGGAGAAAUAAUGAGGCUUUCGGUGGAAAGCCCGAACGCGGCCUGCCGAGACAGGUGGUGAACGUCAAAAUGUGAAGUGACUUGCUGUGAAGUCAAGAGCGUGGAGAUGUGAAAUGCAUGUCCGGGAUAAAACGGAUUCUUUCUUCCCAGGGAGUUCGGAAUAAGCAGGUUCAGACAAACGGACUCCACUGAACCAAAACAAUGUUUGCAGAUUUGGACUACGAUAUUGAGGAAGAUAAGCUGGGCAUCCCCACUCUACCUGGGACAGUGACUUUGAAAAAAGACUCUCAGAACCUGAUUGGGAUCAGCAUUGGAGGAGGAGCACAGUACUGCCCCUGUCUCUACAUUGUCCAGGUGUUUGACAAUACUCCAGCAGCCUUAGAUGGCACCGUAGCAGCCGGGGAUGAAAUCACAGGAGUCAAUGGGAAAUCUGUCAAAGGGAAGACCAAAGUGGAGGUGGCCAAGAUGAUACAGAUGGUAAAGGGAGAAGUUACAAUACACUACAACAAGCUUCAGGCUGACCCAAAGCAGGGCAAGUCUUUGGAUAUUGUAUUGAAGAAGGUAAAGCACCGACUGGUAGAGAACAUGAGCUCAGGGACAGCGGAUGCCCUGGGGUUAAGCCGAGCCAUACUUUGCAAUGAUGGACUAGUGAAGAGAUUAGAGGAGCUGGAGAGGACUGCAGAGUUAUACAAAGGCUUGACAGAGCACACCAAGAGUCUUCUCAGGGCUUUCUUUGAGCUAUCUCAGACACACAGAGCAUUUGGAGAUGUUUUCUCUGUCAUUGGUGUACGGGAACCGCAACCGGCUGCCAGUGAAGCCUUCGUGAAAUUUGCUGAUGCCCAUCGCAGCAUUGAGAAGUUUGGGAUUCACCUUCUGAAAACAAUAAAGCCAAUGCUCACUGAUUUGAAUACCUAUCUGAAUAAAGCCAUUCCUGACACAAGGCUGACUAUCAAAAAGUAUCUGGAUGUCAAGUUUGAAUAUUUGUCUUACUGCCUGAAAGUCAAAGAGAUGGAUGAUGAAGAGUACAGCUGCAUUGCUCUGGGUGAGCCUCUCUAUCGGGUCAGCACUGGGAACUACGAGUACCGCCUCAUCCUGCGUUGCCGUCAGGAAGCACGCACGCGCUUUGCCAAGAUGAGGAAGGACGUGCUAGAGAAAAUAGAGCUCCUGGACCAGAAACAUGUGCAGGACAUCGUGUUCCAGCUCCAGCGUUUUGUCUCCACAAUGUCCAAGUACUAUGACGACUGCUACGCUGUGCUCCGGGACGCAGAUGUCUUUCCCAUCGAGGUGGACCUUGCCCGCACUACGCUCAGCUAUGGGCAGAAGGACACGUACACAGAUGGGGCAGAAGAAGAAGGAGAAAGUGAGAGAGAGGGUAGCGGGAGGGAGGAUGCAAAUGGGGAAAAGCUCAUUGAUGAUGCCUGAGUGCGUCAGCAUGGCCAGAGGGAGGACUUUGCCGACUUACGAAAAUAUGUAUUUCACGUGGCCAUUCAUCCUCUGUGAUUUCUCUGUGUCCAGCCUGAGAUUCCUCCUCUGCUUUGGGUGGGGUAGCUGGUUGGAUUGGGACCAGCCUCUGCUUUCCUCUCUUUUCCUUUGCUCGUUUGCCUGGAUAUUCUUUUGGAGACCCCGGAGACUUCUGCCUCCUAACCUGGGUACUGCGGUGUGGGGACGAAAAGCCACUCCCACACCGCCAUGUGCCUCUCUGCAGGCAGGACUCUGCUGAGCACAUGGGCAGCACUGCUCCCCUCUGGCACAUGGAAGCUGGUUAAGGGUUUGGAGGUGAUUACAAAUGGUGAGAAGAGCUCCCUUCCGUCCUCCCCUUGUGCUAUGGGGAAGUGCAAGCGUCACUGCUUGCUGUGCAUCUUCAAGCUCCUUCUGAGGAUCCUCCUUAGUACUGUGAUGGAAAUAUCCCAUCUUUAAACUAGAAAGGAGACACAAAGCCUUAUGGAGAGAGGAUGGGAUGCUCUUUCGGCAGAAGCUUUGGGGUUUUUUUAGUGUAAAGACUGACCAGCGUGCUCUCCUCUCUGCAUAACUGGCCUCUGGGCCAGUCAGCAGCAGUAGCUAUCCUCACAUUCCCUCGCUCAAGGGAAGGGGGAGAAGGAAAGCUGAGGUAAGUGAGACUGCUUCUUUCCUCCUUCCUUUUCUCUUCCCCUCUCUCCAUCCCUGUGGGCCAAUCCCAGAUGCAGAUGGCACUUUCUCAGUUAGUGGGCAGCACAACUGCCAGGAAUGGUGUGCUUCUUGGGGCAGGGGUUUUGACUUCUCUGUCAUUACAUUCUAAUGGUCAUGCAAGAAGUUAUUUAAGGGCAUUAAUUUAUGAUCAGGAUUUUUUUUUUUUUUUUUUGGAUUCGUGUUUCUCUUUGAUUGUUUUUGGAGCUUCUUCAUCUCUGUGGGUGCCUGGAAAAAAGCCAUCCAUGGUCAAGCUGCUCUGGAGAAUUUAAACAGACUGAUGUAGUGACUGUUGUGUGUAAUAAAGAAAUACGUGA